AUAUACAACCCACUUCCUAGUAGCUCAGGCUGGGCCUGAAGGUUAUAAUCACAAUGGCCGCCGUCUUGACCACGCUGUCGACAGUUGCGAAUGUCGUUACCACAAUCAAGGGCAUCCACUCCCUCGUCGACCGCGCUCAUGAAUCAUCUUCCGAUAAACACUACCAACGAGGUGUCCACAACCUGACCAAGGGCAUGGAGAAGUUGAACAAUGUCCGAGACAUACUAAAGCCUUCUGAAGUAUUAGAACUUACCCAAACUCACGAUGAACUGCACGACCUUGCUGUGGAUGUCGAACAGAAAAUCGACAAUGCGCGUAGCGACGCAGCCUUAGGUGUCAAGAAUCCAUUCCGUAAUGAGGGUGUCAAAGGGGAUGCCAAGAAGUUUGAGAAGGACACGAAACGGUGGUCAACGAAGGCAAAAAGAUCCUCAGCUCGUGCAAUGUCUCAACGACUGCGACAGCAGUACGAAAAUCGUCUGCCACCUCCCGACACGGUGCAGGGUGAAACCCAGGAGGUUCAGAUGCCGCCUUCAUAUGCAGACUCAUCGCACAGUGAUGAUCAUCAGGUGGAAACAGAUCAAGCACCACCUUCUGUUCAGCAAGAGCAAGACCUUGGUUUGGCGAGCUUAUCGACGCGCAAUGCCGAGCAACCAGAAGCAAAUCCCUUGCCGGACCACAAGCAACAUGCUUUUUGAAGUGGAUGGUACAUUGUGCUGCGUUGAGCCUUGGAAUGACACUGGCUUGUACUGCGCGGAGUUAGGCUAGCUUUGUCGAACGAUAUUCAAAUGCGUCAAUUGUGUAUGAUUAGCUCGCAUACCCUGAUUUGGAGAUGUUAUUAGACUGUUGGCAC